GAAAAAUGACAACGCUGUGCAGAUAAAUUCCUUGUUGAUAAACAUUUUUUUCCGAAUAUUUGCCACAAUUUCCGAAGGCAAAAUGUUCAAGUGAGCGAUUUAAACUGAUCGUGCGGAGGUAGAGAUGGAAAAAAACAGCUGGAUAAGCAGUUUCAAGAACUUAAGGCUGAGACGAAGGAAUUCCAAUGAGAGAAACGAUUUGGGCACGGAAAAUGUGGUGUUGAGGAGAAACCAGCCCAGCAAUUCCAAUGACACCACGACUUGUUCAAAAACCAGGAGUAGCUUUCGAAGGAGCUUCAUUAAAUUUCAAACCAGAGUGAAAAAUGCUGUAUCCAGAAAUAGAUCACACAACAGACACACAAUACACGUUACAAACAGCCCCAGUAGAGGAAAUACUUCCAGUUCCAACCCUUCCUCGCAUAGAGUUACACUGCUGACACCUUCGAGAAACAAAGAAAACAUAUACUCGUACGGCCCGUUAAGUAGAUUUAGCGCUAUAAUGCCGGUUAUCGAGACACCCCCGGAAAUCCCAGCUCGCGCACUGUCGCCCAGGGUAGAACCUUCUCAAAGCAGGGACCAUUUGGAGAGUGUAAGAGUCCCAAUAGAUGAGAUACAAAGUUUGGCCAGUUGUUAUUGGUAUUGGGGGCCUUUAUCGAGGACUGAGGCUGAAGAGAAGCUGCACAGUAUGCCCGAUGGGGCUUUUUUAAUUAGGGAUUCCUCUUCAUCUAGUUAUUUGUUUAGUAUAUCUUUCAGGAGUAUGGGCAAAACGCUGCACAGCAGAAUUGAGUAUUCUAGGGGUAGAUACAGUUUGUACGAUCAGGAAGGCUUCUGCAACAUAAAAGACUUGAUAGAUAACGCGAUGAAAGCCUCGAGCGACUCGAUUUACUGCUACUCUAAAAGCGCGGGAUUGAUCCCGAACUAUCCGGUGCGCCUGACGAAGCCGAUCUCCAGGUUCACCACCGUCAGGCCGUUAAAAUAUUUGUGCCGGUUCGUCAUCAAGCAGUGCACCAACAUGAACGACAUCGCGAAGUUGCCGUUACCUCCCCUGGUCAUGGAUUAUUUGCAGGAGGAGGGUCCGUACUUUUGAGAGGUUGCCACAGUUCCUAUGUUUUGUUUUUUGUUCGGUUUAUUUGUGGUUUCGAAUCUUCCAGAUGUUUGUGUAGUGAGAACCAAAUCUUGUCUUGUUUUGUAGUAACAAAGUUCAUGAGACAACUUCUUUUUGUAUAUAAAACGUUUUAAAAUGUAAAUGUUUAUGGGUUUACACAUAGAUGUCGCCUCUAGUUGUGUAGUAAAAUUCGACAGGUUUAGUGACAUUUAGGACAAAAGAUUUGGUUUUCUAGACCUAUUUGGGCCUUUUAAUUUGAAGAUUUAUUAUUAUUAUUAUUAUAAUACUCAGCAUAAAUAAUGAGUAGAUUUUUACAUAUAAAUAAAAUGUUGGUUUAUUAAUUUGCAUUGACUGA